AUGCUUGUUAGUUUUUCGGUCGAAAAUUUCCGCUCCUUCGGUGAAGAGCAGACGUUCAGUCUGGUUGCCAGCAAGGCCCAGAAAGGGCAUGAAACCCACUGCAUUCCAAUCGCCAACACCGACGAACAGGUGCUCCGCGUCAGCCUCGUGUACGGCGCCAACGCCGCCGGCAAGUCCAAUCUGGUCCGCGCUAUCGCCUUUGCGCGGGAGCUGAUCAUUGCGGGCCCCGGCCCCAUGAAGCGGCUCUCACUCAACCGGUUCCGCUUCACUGAGGAUCAGAGCAAGCCUUCUUCGUUCGAAUUCCGCUUCGUCGUCGGCGAGCGGCUCUUCACCUACGGCUUCGAAGUGACCCCCGACGCCGUUGCGCUAGAAGCGAUCGAGCUGCUCGGCGCCCGGCCGAACCAGCUCUUGCUGAACGUCAUCCAUGAACUCGACCCCGAGCGGAUCGGCGCGCUGCUGCAACAAGUUGUGUGGUGGUUCUCCGAAUGCCUGGAAGUGGUGGAGGCCGACGCCAGCUUUGCCCCGAUGAUUGAGUGGCUCGACGCCAAACGCCCUUUCCGCGAGUUCGCCGCCUCCUUCCUCGAAGGCGUUGCUACUGGCAUCGGAGAACUCUCCGUGCAGAAGACGUCGAUCAACGCUGAGAGCAUCCCAAAGCCGUUCCUCGAAGGGUUGCAGUCGGUCAGCGACGUCGAGGGUGCCCGCAUGCCCGUGGGGUCCGGGAUGAGCAUUGAACUCGACCCAGAAGACGCAACCAGGGUGAUCCGCCGCAACCUGACCGCUACGCAUAACGUGGGGGGUAAGAACUUCACGCUACCGUUUCAGGAAGAGUCCGACGGGACGCAGCGACUGAUGAACCUGCUUCCGGCGCUCUACCACCUCAAGGAAUCUUGCAAGGUUUACGUCAUUGAUGAACUCGACCGCAGCCUCCACCCGCUGCUGUCCCACUCCAUUCUCAAGUUCUUCGUCGAGACUUGCUCCCGCGCAAAUCAGCAGUUGAUCGUCACCUCGCACGAAACCCACCUGCUUGACCAGGAGCUGCUGCGGCGUGACGAGAUCUGGUUCGCCGACAAGGAUGAAAGUCAACAGACGCGGCUCUACUCGUUGUCGGAGCACGGCGUGCGAAAUGACCUACGCCUGGAACGCGGCUACCUACAGGGCCGCUUCGGCGGCGUCCCCACGAUUCACGGUAUGGACCGGGUGCGUGACCUGAUUACCU